AUGGCUUCUGUGAGCCUUGUUUCCAGUCCCCCAGCCCCUGUUCUUGACAAAAACAUGACAGACUCUGAGCUUGCAGGGGAUGAAAGAGAGGAUGGUGAACUAGAAGAUGGAGAAAUAGAUGACGAGGGGAUUGGAAUCGAGGAGGAGAACAAAGAAACAACAGAGGUGAAGGAAGACAAAGAGAAAGAGAAGGAAAAGGAGAAAGAAAAUGAGAAAAGUAAAGAGAAAGAAGAAAAGGUCCGGAGACACUCCAGGAAAAGAUACAAAAAGACCAGAGAGAAGAGGAGGUCAAAAAGAAGGAGGCGUGACAGACAGAAACAUCAUUCACCCACCAGCAGCUCCAGCUCUGACAGUUAUGACUCUGACUACAGUAGACCAGAGAGGCCCAAAAACAGGAAGAGCCAGGGAUCCAGUCGGGAGCCUGAUGGCCAGUCCUCUCAGCUCUCAAAGGGAGGCCAUGUUAACUUCAAGAAGUCCUCACCUUUGAAGAGCAGCGAAUUUGACAAAUACAGCGACUACAGCGACGAUAGGUACGACUAUGAUGAAGAGGAGGAUGAUUAUGAAGAUGACAUGUCCGAGUACCAGCAACCAAAAGAUUCAACAAGUCAUGGAAAAGGACGCUACACCAAAGACCACAUGUGCAGAGGAGGCAUGAGAGGGAUGAAGCAUCAGCAGUUUGGACAGAGAGGACGGGGCAGAGGGAGCGGACCUGGAAGAGGUCGUGGGAUGCUCAACAAGAACAAGAAACUUAAAGGCAAGCCCUGGGGAGGAAGGGGCCGGGGCCGAGGAGAGCAGGGAAUGGAAGACAUGGGGCUGGAUGGAAAAAACUUUCAUAAGAAGCGACCAAUCAUGAGCAAGGAGUUCAUCAAUCAGCAUACAGUUGAACACAACGGCAGAUACAUCUGCAAGUAUUUCCUGGAGGGUCGCUGCAUCAAGGGGGAACAGUGCAAAUUUGAACAUGAACAUGUGGUGCCUGAUAAGAAGAAGGAGCUCUGUAAAUUUUACCUUCAAGGUUACUGCAGCAAAGGAGAUAACUGCAUUUACAUGCACAAUAUCCUUCACUGGGUGCUACCAAUGACGUCCAAAUGUUAUCAAGGGGACAACUGCAAAUUCUCUCACGAUGCUUUAAACGAUGUAACAAAGGAGCUUCUCGAUAAGAUCAUUAACACCGAGGAGGAAAAUGCUCGUGAGGACGAGCUGGAGCUGGAGGAUCUGAGAAAGCAGGGCAUUGCCCCACUUCCGAAGCCUCCCCCAGGAGUGGGCUUGUUGCCCACGCCGGGUCAGUGCAGUCCCACAGACGGACAAGCUGGCAAGAAGAUCCCCUCCCUGUUUGAAAUCAAGGUUAAACCCACAGUAGACCUGGCACAAAAAAUUGGCCUGAGUGGAUCCAACUUCCCCCAGAAUCAAGGUGAUGGCAGCAGUCAGUUUAGUGGAGGCUCAGAGGACAGUGGGGCUACAGUGCCUUCAGGCGCUCCUGCUGCUCCUAUUCCUCCACCUGAAUCUCCUACUCUCAUGGGUCACUCCACUGGCCCGACUUUGUCGCAAAGCCCCCCAGGACAGCAGCCCCCACAUGGUUUUCCAAUGCAGCCGCCAGCCCCCUCUGGACAACCCCCAUCCUUUCAUGGAUCCAACAUCAACCCGCAUAUGAAUAUGCAGAGGCCUCCAUUCUCUCCAAUUCCAGAUCUACAAAUGCUCCAAAGUGUCUUUCCUUUCCCGUCAGCAGGCCAAAGCUCAGCAGAGCUCUUCAGCAGCUUCCUUCAAAACCAGGCCAUAGGUCAACAAGGAGACACGGCUCUGGCUUUCGUACAGAACCUUCAGCAGCAGAUGGGGGCAGAGUCCCAGUUCCAGUCUUUACCACCAGCAGUUCAGAAAGCCAUCUUUCUACACCUGACACAGCAGCAGCAGCAACAGGAGGCACAGGGUAAAGAGCAGCACAGAGCAGACAGCCAGGAGGAUAACAGUGAAAACAGAGAUAUAACAGCAAACUGGUACUCCAGCGAUGAGGAGGAUGGGAGCUCCUGUGUCUCCUCCAUCCUUAAGUCUCUGAAGAAGCAGACUGAGAUGCAGCAGUCUCAGACAAAGUCCCUCCCGGCCGGCCAUGCAACUCCAGGUCUGGGUGACCCUCGACUCAUUAAGGAAAGGGCCCCUCCGAGCGACCCACGCAUGAAGACAGACCCCAGACAGCGACUCCUAGAUGUGAAAAAAGAAACGGAUGGAUCUGGAGACGCACGGCUCUCCAGAGACCCCAGGAAGAUAAGGCCAACAGAAUCGAGUUCCUAUCGCCAACAGAGCCACUCUGGGGUGCAGAAGCAUCCAGCAGGAGAGGAGGAUGAUGAAGGAGAGAGGGAACUCAGGGAAAGAGCCGUUCUCAUCCCUGUAGAUCCCAGCCCUGGCCUGGUGCUGCGGGACCCUCGUUGCCAGUUAAAGCAGUUCAGUCACAUUCGAGUGGAUAUCCUGCUCCAGCGGCCUGCCUUUGCUCAGACGGUGGUAUGGGCCCCAGAGGAUCUCAUUCCCUCCCUCGUUCCCAAACAGGAGCACUCUAUCAACCUGCCCCUCCCGCCCCUGAUUGCAAACGCUCAGAUGAACCGAACCAGCCUGCCUGACCUUCCUCCAGUUUCCAGCCCUCCCCCCUCUGACCCCAGACUAGCAGCUGCACGCCUGAAGGAGCGCUUAACCCGCCCUCCCACAGGACCCCAAGAGUCUCGAUCCUCCACAGAGAGACCUGUAGACCCACGGCAGCAGAAAUCUCUGGACCCCAGACUGAAGCGUACAGGGAGUCUGGACUCUAAGCUGCCGGGUCAAAAGGAGCAUUCCUCUGGAGGGGGACUCGUGGAUCCCAGGCUGCAGAAAGCCAGCGUCAGUUCCUCUCCUCAAGCCAGCAAAAGCAAACCAGAGGCGGAGAAGCUGCCCCCAUACGCCCCCCGACUGGCAUCGUCGGGAGGAGGACUGGACAGCCCAACUACAAUCCUUGGGGGCAUCAGCCUGUACGAUCCUCGAUGUCAGGCCGAGCAGGCUCAGAAGGAGCAGGUGGAUCCUCCCAAAAAAGCCGGGAUUCUGAAACAUCAUGCCAAAAAGGACAACCCUCCGACGCUAUCACUCUCACCAACUCAGCGGAGCGGCUCUUUUGAAGAGGUUAAAAGCACAGAUGUCGCUGCUCAUCAAACUCUUCCCACCUCUCCAACGGCGCCUCCUGCCUCACCCGUCAAACCCCCCGCCGUGCACAACCUCCCCAUCCCGGCGCUGGCCGGCCUGAUGCGACCCCAGUACACUGACCCCAGGCAGCCUAAACAGGGAGGAGGACAUGGUCCUGCAGGAGCCCCUGAGGAGACAGAGGAGAAGGUGGAGGAGCAGGAGGGCGAAGAGCACAUUAUGGAGGAAGAACCAAAGGAGACAAAUCCAGAGGAGGAGGCUGACGACAGGACACUUAAAGAUGUAUUCAAGACUUUUGAUCCCACAGCUUCCCCGUUCUGUCAGUGA